GCUUAACAUGAGGCUAAGCACAGCCAAUCCAAGCUUAGUUGGCAACUUUGAAUUGCAAAACACCCACACCCACCCCGUGAGCUGUAAAGUCUAUAAAAAACCGCAACUGUCUCAGAAAAAAGCCAGCAAGCAAGGAGUAAAAAAAGUGUUCUGAGCGAGGAGACGCAAGAGAUCCUCGUCGUCGUCGUCUUUGGUCGUCGGUGUAUCGGUCGCAUUGUUCCAAAAUGGAGUUUCAAUACGUGUUAGGUUCAGUGUUGGCUUUAUUGCUGUGGUUUGUAUUCCUCUACAGUGUGUUUGAGAAGAAGGAUAGCCGGAGAGGUUCUCAGGAGGCCGCAGAGAGCACAAACACCACCACCAACACCGCCGCUAUUAAUGGAGAAUGUGGAUCUAAGAACAGUGAAGACGACGUCGACGUGAUCAUCGUAGGCGCCGGCGUUGCUGGUGCGGCUCUAGCACACACUCUCGGCAAGGAUGGACGUCGGGUGCGUGUGAUUGAAAGGGAUUUGACAGAGCAAGACCGAAUUGUAGGAGAAUUGCUCCAGCCAGGAGGAUACUUGAAAUUGAUCGAGUUGGGAUUGGAAGAUUGUGUGGAAAAAAUCGAUGCUCAACGGGUGUUUGGGUAUGCUCUUUUCAAGGACGGUAAAAAUACCCGACUUUCUUACCCACUGGAAAAUUUUCACUCUGAUGUAUCUGGAAGGAGCUUUCACAAUGGACGCUUCAUCCAAAGAAUGCGGGAAAAAGCUGCAUCUCUUCCCAAUGUCCGUUUGGAACAAGGAACAGUCACAUCUUUGCUCGAAGAAGAAGGAACCGUUAAAGGUGUACAAUACAAAACUAAAACUGGUGAAGAAUUGACAGCAUAUGCACCUCUAACCAUUGUAUGUGAUGGCUGCUUUUCAAAUUUGCGACGUUCUCUUUGCAACCCUAAGGUGGAUGUGCCUUCCUGUUUUGUUGGUUUGCUUUUGGAAAAUUGCCAACUUCCAUACGUGGACCAUGGCCAUGUAAUUUUAGCAGACCCAUCACCCAUCUUAUUUUAUAAGAUCAGUAGCACAGAGAUUCGCUGUCUCGUUGAUGUACCUGGUCAAAAGGUGCCAUCCAUUUCAAAUGGCGAAAUGGCCAAUUACUUGAAGACCGUGGUUGCUCCACAGGUACCACCCGAGGUGUACGAUGGCUUCAUUGCUGCAAUUGAUAGUGGAAACAUUAGGACAAUGCCCAACAGAAGCAUGCCAGCUGCUCCUCACCCAACUCCAGGGGCUUUACUAAUGGGGGAUGCAUUCAACAUGCGCCAUCCCUUAACUGGUGGGGGAAUGACUGUGGCACUAUCUGAUAUUGUUGUGUUACGAGAUCUUCUCAGGCCUCUAACUGACCUAAAUGAUGCACCUAGUCUCUGCGAUUAUCUUGAAUCCUUUUACACCUUGCGUAAGCCUGUGGCGUCCACAAUCAACACAUUGGCAGGUGCCCUGUAUAAAGUUUUCUGCGCUUCACCUGAUCAAGCAAGGAAAGAAAUGCGCGAGGCAUGCUUCGACUAUUUGAGCCUUGGAGGUGUUUUCUCAAUGGGACCAGUAUCUUUGCUCUCGGGAUUGAACCCUCGACCAUUGAGCUUGGUUUGCCAUUUCUUUGCAGUGGCAAUAUUUGGUGUUGGCCGCUUGUUAUUUCCUUUCCCCUCACCCAAACGAAUGUGGAUUGGAUUUAGAUUGAUAACGAGUGCAUCUGGAAUUAUCUUCCCCAUCAUCAAGGCAGAAGGAGUUAGGCAGAUGUUUUUCCCUGCAACAGUUCCUGCAUAUUACAGAGCUCCUCGUAGUAAGCAAGGUGGUGAAAUUAGAAAUGGAGAAAUAUUCAAGCAAGCCAUGCCUCCAUUGUUAUGAUGACAAGGCUAGUUUGUGUCACCAUUUGCAUCCAUGUUCAAAGCUAUGGCAAAGGGUAAAUUGUUCAGAGAGAUGCAAACAAACUGUUACAUAUUUUUGAUAUUUGGGCUUCCUCUCUUUCCAUGUAUUCUUUACAUUUCUUCUACUUCAAUAAAUAUUUUUUUUUUCAUUCUGUGGCCUUUGUUCUAUGAGAAUCACAUAGCUUAUUUAACUUGCAUUUAAAACGGG